AUGGUCGAAGAAGAGGUGGGAGGGAGUAGGAGUACGCGAAUCCAUCAACAGACGUCACUGCUGCAAGGUGCGAGAAUGUGUGAUGGAGAAGGAGGGGGUGCAAACAGUAACAGUGACUUCCCUUUGGCAUUGCAAGAUCAUCUACGUGCCACACGAGAAGGGGGAAGCCCCCACAUGUUAGAACUUACCACUCCCCACCAACAGUAA